UUCCAUUGACUCGUGGAUCCAAGAGCACAGCUGAUGAAGCUCAAUUAAUACAUUCAUUAGUUUAUGUGGUCAGCAAAUUAUUCGACUGCGAAUCUCUCCUUGGAUGUGCUACAAAAUCAUUCAAUAUGCAGAGUACAGCUGCAGCCACCAAACGGUCACUAGACAGCAAGUGGUUGAUUGUCGCAAGAGAGACUGUCGCUUCAGUCCAUCGCAUCAGAUGGGGAUACACAGUUGUGGAUCUACUUGCUCCCAAAUAAUGCUUCCUGACCAAGGAUUGAUCAUGGAACAAUUCAGUAACCCUUGCCGGCGUUGCGGGGGAGUGAUGAACGGUCACUAAAGAGGCUAACAAUUUAUAUACCUGCAAUUGCUUACCAUUCGUUUGGC